UUCCCGUUUCAUUCCCGCGUGUUUUCAAAUCGCUACUCGCUACUUCCAUUCCUUCUUCCUUCUUCUCAAAUCCAAUCCCACUUUCUCUCUCUCAUAACUAACCGUUUAUACACAUUCUCACAACAACGAACUUCCAACACACAGAUCUGAAAUGAAAAUGAAGAUCAACAAAGCCGCCGAUCUCUCCUCCAUCUCCGUCUUCCCUCCUCCUCACAUUUUUUCAAGGAGGCCGAAUAAUGUAUCGAAUGGAUUGCAAGCGUCGCAGCAUCGAUCGCAACCGUCUCAGCAGUCGUUUUCUCAGGGAAUAUCUUCUCAGCAAGGGAUUUUGUCGCAUUUCUCGCAAAGCUCUCUCGAUGAAGCUAUCACAGCAAAUGAUCAGAGAGCUGGUUCUCAAUCUCAAGAACAUGAGAACUCUUCAAGGAGGUUUUCUAGUUUGCCUCGACUUGCUUUUCCAAAGGACGAGAGUCAACCGCACAACUCAAGAUCUUCAUCCAAUCUCCUGGUCAAAUGGAACUCUGUAGAUAAUAAAAAUCAGUUAAGUGAAGGACUCGAAAACCGAAUUGGCAUUAUGGAAACCUCAUUGAGCAGGUUUGCAAUGAUCAUGGAUUCUGUUCAAAGUGAUGUAAUGCAAGUAAACAAAGGAACAAAGGAAAUUAAUUUGGAGAUGGAGUGCAUAAGACAGAAACUGAUUGCUCAGGAUAACUCGCUUCAGUUAAUGAUGAAAGGACAAGAAGAGCUUAAAGCAAGCAUUAAUGAGAGCUUGAAAUCUUUAUCUGAACAAAUGAGCCGUGUUACAAACAUAGAGAAGUUACAGGAAGUAUUUACAUUGGUUUCAACCAUGCCUCAGCUAAUUGAAGGCUCUCUGAGAAAUUUGCAAAAUGAUCUCCAGAACACCAACAAGGAAAUGCAGGAAAUCUCUCGCAGUUUAAAACAUACUAACCAAAAGGAUCUGGCACUGUCUAUUCUGUCUCCAAAGUGUGUUAGCAAACAAUUCAUCACACCAAAAGUGCAUCAGCGUCCGGCUAAUGAAACAAAGAUGAACACUCCAGCUAUUGCAGCUUCAAAAGUAGACACCGGAGGCUGGAUGCCAGUAAAAAGAGAGAGAGUCACUUUUUCAGAUAGAAUAACUGAGAAGGUGCAAAAGCAAAUUCAACCACACACGGAGAAGAUAAGGGGAGCAAGAGACUGCGCAAUUGUCAUUGAAUCUGACGAGGAGACUGAUGGAAAAUUUUCCUGCGUGGUUGGAGUAAACGCAGACUUGUUCGGAAAUCUGAGCAAGGAAGAAGAGGAAGAAGCCGAGCGUAUUUUGAGGAAUGCGAGGAGGCGCAAGAGAAAGCGUAAUUCUAUGAUAACCAUCUUUUGAAGGUAACACUUCAAAUUCCGAUUUCCUUGCACCAUACUUUUUCUCAAGCUUAUAAAUAUUUGAUGCAUUCCUCUUGUUCGAUCAUUGAUGCAUCUUCCGCCAUUGAUCAGCUUCAUCGUCUUGUCGGAGCCUCUAAUGCACGCAAAUCAUUGCGCCCAGCUGCCUGCGACUUAUUUCCAUCUUCCCUUUAAAAGCUUUCAGCUGUAUUCCUAAGUUUAUCAGUUAUCUGAUAAUAUUUACCCCCAACACUCCCUGAACUCCAAAUCCAUACACAGUUCAAAGCAAACAGAUAAAAAAAUCAAAGUAUAUUUUAUUUUAUUUUUUCAGCUGCAAGUAUAUGUGUAAGUGUAAGCUUAGCAGCUUUUGGUUUAUGGAAAAUCUUUUUACCCAGUAAUACUCUAGCAUCAACCGCUUUUUAACUUUUUUUUUUUAAGAUUAUAGGAGAAACCGCUUAGUGACUUUGUUUGCAGUUCCUCUCAUUUCUUUCAAUUCCAUUGCCUCUAAAAUAUAAGGGAUUGGGAUCGUAUGAACAGUU